UUUCUGGGGCAUGCAGCCGUACACAAAAAACUUUGACACGAGAAGGGUACGUGGGAAAAACAGUUGGUCGCUUCAGUCGGAAAGGGUUAGCUGAAGGUGGAUUUGUGCGUUUGUGUGCGUUUGUGUGCGUUACACACUCUGUCAGUGCGGACUCGUUCUCGCUCUCGUUGUGUUCUUGUGUAGCGGACUGCAGCCACAGAAGUCUGUGAGAACAAUGUUUGAUCACUUGUUUCUAUUGUCAGCUACGUUAUAGUCUCAGAGAUCGCCUUGUCUUUUUGACCAGUCAUGGAAGACAAUGAGGAAGAGGAGAACUGCAGUAUAUACCCGAUCCUGGUUCCUCUCGGGAGUGAGAUCAGGGCUAGGAUGCAGCAGUUUGUGGAGGAAAGGACGGAAGCCAACAUGUGGACGGCAGUGCUGGUUGGAGCUGUGACAGUUGUUUCUGUUGUUGGAGUUUUCGUGUUUCUUCUUUACAGAAGAUACAAACUGUCAAAAGAAGCAGCCUGCGUUCCUCACUAUCGCUUCAGGAAAAGAGACAAGGUGAUGUUCUACGGCCGAAAGAUUAUGAGAAAGGUUCAGACAUUGUCCUCAGCCCCUGCUUCUAAUUCAAACUCAGCGUCCCGGCAGAGAGGAAGGAAGAGGACCAAAGUCCUGUCUAUAGCUCGCAAAAUCCUGCGUAUCCGGAGAGAACCCCCCACCCUGCAGCCCAAGGAGCCUCCUCCCUGUCUGCUUGAGGCUGACCUGACUGAGUUUGAUGUGCAGAACUCCCAUCUUCCCUCCGAGGUGCUGUACAUGCUGAAAAAUGUCAGGGUGCUUGGCCACUUCGAGAAGCCUCUUUUCUUGGAGCUGUGUCGUCACAUGGUGCUGAUCCCGUUGCACCAGGGGGAGGCACUCUUCCGACCGGGCGACACCGAUGACAGUAUUUACGUGGUUCAAGAUGGCCGCCUGGAGCUGUGCAUUCACGAGAGCGAUGGCACAGAUGCUGUGGUAAAGGAAGUUUUACCAGGAGACAGUGUUCACAGUUUGCUCAGUAUCCUGGACAUCAUUACUGGCUAUCCAGCGCCUUACAAAACAGUGUCUGCGAGAGCUGCAGUUCCCUCCACUGUCCUGCGUCUUCCAGCUGCAGCCUUCCAGUCAGUCUUUGAGAAAUAUCCUGAAACUCUGGUCCGUGUCACCCAGAUAAUCAUGGUGCGUCUCCAGAGAGUCACCUUCCUUGCCUUACACAACUACCUUGGCCUGACCACUGAGCUCUUCAACCCGGAGAGCCAAGCCAUCUCCUUGGUGUCGGUGGCCCAUGUUCUGGGUGAGACUCACCCCCACAGAGGCCUCCGCAGGCAACCUUCCCACUCCGAUGAAGUGGCCUCUGAAAAAUCUGACACAGAAAAGUCUGGACUCUCUGACAUGUCCACGUCUAAAUACAAGAAAUCUCGCGCUUUCUCCACCCCAAUGGCUGUUACAGGUGAAAUGUCAGUUGACCUCAACAGAGUAUAUGAACGGGCUAGAGUUGCCAAGGAGGAGACGGCGCCUCACACUCCCGUGAAGUCUAUUCUAAAGAAGAGUGUGACAAUGCUGCACACUCCAUCUGCUGUUUACCACUAUAGUGAAGCAGGAGGAGGAAAUGUCCACCAUAAUAAGGUUAAUGCCAUUUUCCAAGCUGCCAAAAAGGAUCUGCUGCAGGUCAUCCAAAUACAGGACCCCAGUCUGCUGGACGGGAGGGUGAAUCUUCGCCAGGUCAAAGCCGGAUCUGUUGUGGCCCACCAGGGAGACCAGGAUGUGAGUGUGGCGUUUGUCAUCUCUGGGUUGCUCCACGUUUACCAGCGCAUGAUAGACCGCGAGGAGGACACCCUGCUGUUUGUCACCCACCCAGGGGAGAUGGUGGGCCACCUGGCUGUUCUCACGGGGGAGCCCCUUAUCUUCACUGUCCGAGCUCAGAGAGACUGCACCUUCCUCUCCAUAUCCAAGGCCCACUUCUACGAGAUAAUGCGUGAGGAGCCCAGGGUAGUGCUGAACGUAGCUCACACUGUGGUGAAGAGGGUGUCGCCAUUUGUCAGGCAGAUUGACUUUGCCCUGGACUGGAUGGCUGUGGAGGCUGGCCGUGCCGUCUACAGACAGGGAGACAAGUCAGACAGCACCUUCAUCGUCCUGAGUGGCAGACUGCGCUCCGUCAUUGCAAAGGAUGAUGGGAAGAAGGAGCUGGCUGGAGAGUAUGGCCGCGGGGAUCUGAUUGGUGUGGUUGAGGCCCUUACCCACAUGAACCGAGCCACCACGGUCCAUGCUGUGAGGGACUCCGAGAUGGCCAAGCUACCCGACGGAGCUCUGAACUCAAUCAAGAGGCGGUAUCCUCAGGUUGUCACCAGGCUGAUUCAUCUGCUGGGGCAGAAGAUUCUGGGAAACAUGCAGCAAGUCAAUGGACCUUUGGCUGCUCGUAGUCUGGCUCUCCAGACCCCCACCAGUAAGUGGGACGCUGGGAAUCCAGCCUCCAACCUGUCCACUGUGGCCAUCCUGCCUGUGUCUGAAGAGGUUCCACUCACUGCCUUCACUCUGGAGCUGCAGCAUGCACUCAGUGGCAUCGGCCCCACUCUACUUCUGACCAGUGACAUCAUCAAACAGCGACUAGGCUCUGCUGCUCUGGACAGUGUCCACGAAUACCGUCUGUCCAGUUGGCUCGGACAGCAGGAAGACAUCCAUCGCAUCGUCCUCUACCAGUCUGACUCUGGCCUCACGCCUUGGACCCAGCGCUGCAUCCGCCAAGCUGACUGCAUCAUCAUUGUUGGACUGGGUGAGCAGGAGCCCACCGUGGGUGAGUUGGAGCGGAUGUUGGAGGGCAGUGCAGUUCGUGCUCAGAAGCAGCUGGUGUUGCUGCACAGAGAAGACGGCCCACCACCCAAAGGGACAGCCGAGUGGCUAAACAUGCGGAGCUGGAUCUCCAGACACCAUCACCUGUCUUGCCCCCGCAGAGUGUUCUCCAAGAGGAGUUUACCUAAGCUGAGAGAGUUGUACCAGCGUGUGUUUGAGAAGUGUCCAGAUCGUCAUUCCGACUUCUCCCGUCUGGCCAGGAUCCUGACGGGAAACAGCAUCGCCCUUGUGCUGGGUGGAGGGGGUGCCAGGGGUUGCUCUCAGGUCGGCAUCCUGCGGGCGCUGAAGGAGGCAGGGAUCCCUGUCGACAUGGUGGGCGGCACCUCCAUCGGCUCCCUCAUGGGAGCGUUGUACGCUGAGGAGAAGAGCAACAGUCGCAUGAGGGUCCGGGCUCGUGAGUGGGCCAUGGAUAUGACCUCUUACUUUAAGAAGAUCUUGGAUCUGACCUACCCUGUUACCUCUAUGUUUUCUGGAGCUUCCUUUAACUCCAGCAUCAGCUCUGUCUUCAAGGGCAAACAGAUAGAGGACCUGUGGUUGCCAUACUUCAACAUUACAACAGAUAUCACAGCUUCCUCCAUGAGAGUCCACACUUAUGGUUCGUUGUGGCGGUAUGUCCGGGCCAGUAUGUCGCUGUCUGGUUACCUGCCGCCUCUCUGUGAUCCCAAAGAUGGACACUUGCUCAUGGACGGAGGGUACAUCAACAACCUGCCUGCCGAUGUGGCUCGCUCCAUGGGGGCCAAGGUUGUGAUUGCAAUCGAUGUUGGAAGUCGCGAUGAAACCAACCUGACCAACUACGGUGACUCCCUGAAUGGCUGGUGGCUGCUAUGGAAACGCUUCAACCCUCUGGCUGAGAAAGUCAAGGUCCUGAACAUGGCAGAGAUCCAAACCCGGCUUGCUUACGUCUGCUGUGUGCGGCAGCUGGAACUGGUCAAAGACAGUGAAUACUGCGAGUACAUCCGGCCACCCAUCGACCACUACGGCACGCUAGAGUUCAGCAAGUUUGACGAGAUCGCAGAGGUUGGAUACCAGCACGGAAAGACAUUGUUUGAUGUUUGGCUGCGCAGCGGCGUGGUGGACAGCAUGCUGAAGGACAGACAUCAGGAGGAGUUCCACAAGACCAAAACUGGCCAUGUGGUCACCUGUCCAAACGCCUCCUUCACUGACCUGGCAGAGAUAGUGUCGAGAAUCGAACCUGUGAAGAAUGCCUUAAUCAAUGAGGAACUGUCUGAUGAAUACCAGACCGAUUAUGAUGAGGAGGCAGUGGAAAGCGCCCUGUCUGACUUUGAGGGUUUUACCCCAGGCAGUGAGUACACUGAGGGAGAGGAGACGGCAGACACUGCUGAAACGGAUGAGGAAAUUCCAAUCCGAAUUCGACGUCGCACAAACAAUGCCUCACAAACUCCUAGUGGGCCAUGACAUCCAUCAAAAGCUGUGACUGCCUGUCAGGGCUGUGGACAGUGGUCCACAACACACACAUUUCAAUGCAGUAUUUCUGGUACCCUUUGAGAAUUUCCCUCAGUUUUCAUUGAGCAAGGUGUAGCUGAUGCUUAUACAAUGAGCAGUCCGGCAGCAUGCUCAGUGUCUUGCUCAAAAAGAGUGGGUCUCAUUGUUUCCAGCACUGUUUAAAUCAGUGGGUCUAAAUCGAGAGGGGGUUCCAGGGCUCCCCAGAAAAGUGGGAAAUAUUUUAAUCUCCCUGUUAUUUCAUGGGCUAGAAGUUAUCCCAAUGAGAUAUUCUGUUUCUGUUCUGUUCUCAGGAAUCACACUCUUCACUGUUAAUCUGCUAAUCAGUUAUUAUAACUUCUCAUUAUCAGACGGGGAUCCCUGAGACUACAUCUCAUCAAAUAUGGCCGGAUUUGUAUCAGUGUGGGGGUUCUUGACACCAAAAAGGUUGAGAACCACUUGUUUAAACAGUCCAGUAACAACCACGGUUCUCACUCGUCAUGAAACUAACCCUUCCUAAGUCCCGCCCCUUUUUGUUUUGAAGAUGGUAAAUGGAUAAAAGGGACAUGUAUAUAUCCACUGUCAUGCACAGUAUGUUCUGACACCUAUCUACCAAUACCGGCAGGACUUGGGAAGGGUCAAUUUGGGAAAUCCAUGAUUUCUCUCUGUUGACUUGGGAAAAUCAGGAAAUAGCAAAGAAUUGUACAAAUCGGUUAAGUUAAGGGAGUGUUGUUGUUUUGUUGUUUUAUUUUUGACACAUUCAUUGACUUGUUUGGACUGGUAUUUUCUUACAAGUACAUUAGACACAACUUUAAAAUGCACUAGAAUCCUUCGCCAUAAUAUCUCAUUAUAUGCAGUGCCACUUUUUGGGACAGUUCUGUGCAUGGCUGGUUCCUACCACAAUAAGCUCAGCUCAUUUUACAAUGUUUACAGAUAAGUUAAAACAGUAUAUACAGUGGUGGCCAAAAUUAUUAGAACAUCUGACAGAUCUGAAAAUAUUGACCUUUUUUUUUGCCUGCAAAACAUGAUUUCAUUUCAUAAUGUUCAUGAAACAUGCAGAUGGUUGCUCUGAGCACAACAAAUAUCAGAUGAAGUGAAUCCUACUGUUUUUAUCCACACGCAGCAAUUCCAGCAAGACAUCUCUCUGGCAUAGUGACAGUAUAUUUCCUGAGAACUUCAACACUAAUGUUAUCAUGUACAAUAGAUCUGUGCAGUUUAUUUUCCAACCCGCCCCAAAAUUGCUUGAUGGGGUUGAAUUUGAGGGGGCCAGUUCAUCAUUUUCAGUGUUCCAGCAGAUACCUUCUGUCACAGGUAGUUCCGGCAAUAGUUAGAAGAAUGUUUAGGGUCAUUGUCCUCUUGGAAAAUAAAUCCAGGCCCAAUAAGACGACUCCCAGAUAGUAUUUUGUGUCUCUCCAGAAUGUUGUGGUAUCCAUGAUGCCAUCAAUUUUCAAGUCACCAUAAUUCUACCCCCUCCGUGUUUAACUGUUGGCAAGAGAUACUCCCCCCCCCCGUCGAACAUACACUCUUGCUGCCAAACUGUUCAAACUUGGACUCAUCAGUCCUCAACACUUAUACCAAUCUUCCUUUUUCCAUUUCUUCCCUCAUUUUCCGACGCACAGUUAUUGAAGACACUGUUGCACGUUCUCGUGAGGUUGUUGUGUGUGUGUGUGUGUGUGUGUGUGUGUGUGUGUGUGUGUGUGUGUGUGUGUGUGUACACAUUUUAUGUGCCUAUGUUCAUGUAGUGUUACCCUCAAUGUUCAAUGAUGAAGGGAUUUGUCCUCUGUCAGAGUGGGGAUAUCUGUGUAAUGUGAACAGUGACUAUAAUAACCUUUUUCAUAUAGCAAUCAUGCACUUCAGAUGCAUAUGAUGAAUGUAUUUCUUACACAGAGCCUGCCUAAUUAGAAAAAAUUACUAUAUUUCUAUAUAAUCAUGGCAGUGUAACGACUAGUGCAAGCGGGAGAACAUGUUUUUUUGCAUUUAUCCUGACAAACUAACCUGUGCCUGUCUCACUCAGAUUUUCACACCGAGCACAGCAGUGCAGGAGAGGCAGUAGCUAAAACUUUUAGUACCAGGUCUAUUUUCAGCACAGUAACACUGGCAAUUAUGAUAUUUUAGCUGUGUCCCAAUCUUAUACUAGAUUUCAAACUACAUAGUAACCAGGUUUUGAGCCUGUAUACUCAAAAAACCUAAUCAGUUACUUAGUCAAUUAUGAUUUGUCGUUUUUUUUAAAGAAAAAAUGUCCAAACUCAUAGAACUUGAUCAUUACUUAGACUGAAAGUAAUACUUGCCAAUUAAUGCAAUAUUAUGCUUUUCAGCCAUUUUUCCUGUUUAAUCACUGUUGUUACAGAGCUCAUGUGGUAUUAACUCCUAGUUAUCUGUUUAUGUUUUUAUGACUGAAAAGGAAAAAGUCUUAUGAGUAUAGAGGGUGACAUACUAAUCAAAAUAUCAUCUUGGAUAAUGAUGAUUAAUGAUUUAUUGUCAAUAGGGAGCAGUUACCACUAUGUUAGAUUAUUUUAUCUGACGUUGCCUAUGUAAAACUGAAAUCCUCAUUUUCAGUUUGCUUUGAUUUUUUAACUACAGUAGUUUGAAUAAUGUAGAAUGCUUUAGAAUAUUUAAUUGUAUAUUUAGUGAUCAAACUGGUGGAAACCUGCACUGUACUAAGAUGUCCUGUUGUGAAAGCCAAAAUAACCGAAACACUAAAUGGAAAAGUCCAGAAGAUUGUUUUUUCUGUGGAAACUGUUUGUUGCCAUGUUAAAAUAAAAUGAUUUCUGACUCA